UCGCCCCGGCAAGGCUCGGCCUUCAGCUCGCAGGCGCCGGCUUACCCGCACGCCGCCCAUGUGGGCUCCUCCUCCGGGCCGCCGUUCAACUCCCCGCGGGACUUCUUGUUUCGGAGCCGAGGCUUCGGGGAAGCGGCGGCGGCGGCGGCCGGCGGAGGACAGCACGGGCUCUUCGGAGCAGCAGCGGCGGCGGCGGCCACCGGCAGCCUCCACCACCCGCAUGCGGAGGCGCAGAGCCACCUGCUCUUCCCGGGCAUUGGGGACCAGCAUGGCGCGCCCGGAUCGCCCAACGUGCUCAACGGGCAGAUGCGUUUGGGCUUGCCCGGGGAAGUCUUCGGCCGGUCGGAUCAGUACCGCCAGGUGUCCAGCCCCAGGACUGACCCUUACUCCGCGGCCCAGCUGCACGGCCAGUACGGCCCGAUGAACAUGAACAUGGGCAUGAACAUGGCGGCGCACCAUGCCCACCACCCACACGCCCACCCCCAUGCCCAUCACCACCACCACCACCACCAUCACCCCGGGGCCUUCUUCCGCUAUAUGCGCCAGCAGUGCAUCAAGCAGGAGCUCAUCUGCAAGUGGAUCGAUCCCGAGCAGCUCAGCAGCCCCAAAAAGAGUUGCAAUAAAACUUUCAGCACCAUGCAUGAGUUGGUCACCCAUGUCUCCGUUGAGCACGUCGGGGGACCCGAGCAGAGCAACCACAUCUGCUUCUGGGAGGAGUGUCCUCGCGAAGGGAAGCCCUUCAAGGCCAAAUACAAACUGGUCAACCACAUCCGCGUGCACACGGGCGAGAAGCCUUUCCCUUGCCCCUUCCCGGGAUGCGGCAAAGUCUUCGCCCGCUCCGAGAACCUCAAGAUUCACAAAAGGACGCACACAGGCGAGAAGCCCUUCCAGUGUGAAUUCGAAGGCUGUGACAGACGCUUCGCCAACAGCAGCGACAGAAAGAAACACAUGCACGUCCACACUUCGGACAAGCCCUACUUGUGCAAGAUGUGCGACAAAUCCUACACGCAUCCCAGCUCCCUGCGGAAACACAUGAAGGUUCACGAGUCUUCUCCGCAAGGCUCGGAAUCCUCGCCUGCAGCCAGUUCCGGCUACGAGUCCUCCACCCCGCCGGGCUUGGUGUCCCCCACGGCAGAGACCCAAAGCACGGCCGCCACCAACUUGUCUCCGGCGGCAGCGGCAGCAGCAGCAGCAGCAGCAGCUGUGUCUGCGGUGCACCGGAGCAGCAGCGGCAGCGGCGGGUGUUCUUAUCUUGGUGAGGAUGCGCCUAAAAUGGAAUAA